AGGGAUGGAGGAAGGAAGGAAGGAAGGAAGGAAGGUAGGUACAUAGGUUUCCAUGACCGCUUUUCUAAAUUAUUAAGCUUGAGGUUCGUUAUAUGUUUGUAGCCAGACCUUGACUUUUGCUAUGGAAGAGAUUCGAAACGUCUAAUUUUUUUUUUUUUUUGCUUGUUUUAAUGUUUGCACAAGAAGUUAUCUUGUUUUGAUGUAGAAGUGAAGACAUAAAUAUGCAAGGUUAGUCCUGGCAUAUAGCGGUGGCGUUGCUGUCUGGUGAUUUUCUUCCGGCUUUGGGCUUCCAUUCUUCAUUAGCCAUUUGUAUGUUCCUGAACUGGAAUUCUUCCUGUCGCCUGAUAUGGGACAGCAGCCAUUAGUAACUAAUGAGCAGGGUCUUGCCAUUUUUAUUUAGUGGUAGAAAUUCUUUUAUGACUCAUUAUGACUAGUUAAUUAGCCUAAGUUUUUGUGAGGUUGUAAAUAAAGCGCCAGUUGGAUGGGGUUAAUAGCUGGCUAUGGGGAGUAUAAAGUUGAUGCUUUUCAGUUUGUUGUUUGGAUUUUGUCCUUUGAAUUUCUACUCUAGGAGGUGCUUUUGGAAAAAUCUUGACCAGGAGUCAGAAAACACAAGUUCUUGUCCAGGCAUCCCUGCCUCUCUAUUGUAUAACUGAACAGGGGUGUGCUCAUGAGCAGAAAGACUGCUAUAUUGGCUUGAUUCUGGAAUCCCUGCUCAGGUUGGGCACAUUGUCUUCCGGUGUUCACCCAGGAGCCCUUCUCUGAAGCCCGACAUUUUCCCAGUUGGAGUCUAGGUCUCUUCCUCCUGAGGUCUCCCCCAGUCUGUUCUGUUAAUGGCAGUUUGGGAUUAUAUUGUGACUUUAUCUGUUGCGCAUUGCCUCCCUUUGUGGACCGGAAGCUCCACGAGGUCAGGGUUCACUAUCGUAUUCCUGUGUAUCCGUAUUUCACGUGGGCUCCCCUGCCCUGUGAUACUGGACCUAAAAUAAGUUUGGUUGAGUGAUUAUUGAGGCCGUGGGGAAAGAGUACUUUGAGUUUUGGGAAAUGCCCUUUAACUCACUGCAUCAUGGAUUUGUUGUUAUCGGUAAUGAAGUCAAAAAUUGCUAAAGCUCGUGUCUUCCGUUUACAUCAGAUGGGGUGUGGAGUGAGUCAAGAGAGAAAAGGUAAAAGGCCUCUGGUGUUACUUUUGUUCCGUCUCUCUAUAGUACGCUGAAGGCUGACCGUCUGUACCCUAUGGCUGAGAGUAAAGAAUGAUGGCCGCACGCACUCCUCGGGUCCACAUUUUAGCUUGUUUGCUUUGAAGAAUUUGUAAAGAGUCUUCCUGGUUCCUGGGCUCCUGACGGACUGGUGCUGGAGCAGAUGGAUAAUGGAGACUGGGGCUAUAUGAUGACUGACCCAGUCACGUUGAAUGUAGGCGGACACUUGUACACGACGUCCCUUACCACAUUGACACGUUACCCAGAUUCCAUGCUUGGAGCUAUGUUUGGGGGGGACUUCCCCACAGCCCGAGACCCGCAAGGCAAUUACUUCAUCGAUCGAGAUGGACCUCUUUUCCGCUAUGUCCUCAACUUCUUACGAACUUCAGAAUUGACCCUGCCCCUGGAUUUUAAGGAAUUUGAUCUUCUUCGGAAAGAAGCUGACUUUUACCAGAUUGAACCCUUGAUUCAGUGUCUCAAUGACCCUAAGCCUUUGUAUCCUAUGGAUACUUUUGAAGAAGUUGUAGAGCUGUCUAGUACUCGGAAGCUUUCUAAAUAUUCCAAUCCUGUGGCCGUCAUCAUAACCCAGUUAACCAUCACCACCAAGGUCCAUUCCUUACUAGAAGGCAUCUCAAAUUAUUUCACCAAGUGGAAUAAGCACAUGAUGGACACCAGAGACUGCCAGGUUUCCUUCACCUUUGGACCAUGCGAUUAUCACCAGGAAGUUUCUCUCCGGGUCCACCUGAUGGAAUACAUUACAAAGCAAGGUUUCACAAUCCGCAAUACUCGGGUGCAUCACAUGAGCGAGCGGGCCAAUGAGAACACGGUAGAGCACAACUGGACUUUCUGUAGACUGGCCCGGAAAACAGAUGACUGAUUGCCAGUGCUGGGGAGGACUUCCUGUAAGCUCACGUUUGUCUGGGGACGUGGAAGAGACUGUUCUUGUUUUCUAAAUCAUAGUGUACCCCCUUUUUAAUAUUUGUAUUUAUUUGAAGGCCUCGAGGACCAGAAGGAAGUUCCGUGUGUGAGCAGCCUUCUUGUUUUGUUCCAAAUAUGCAUGUGCCUGUUCAGAGUCUCCAGAAACCUUUUUUAUAAAAAGAGAGCUGAAAAUCAUUAUGAUAUAUAAUCUAUCCUUAACAAUGCUAAAAUGAUUUUUGGUAACGUGGUCCCUAACUCAACUGGAAGGCUAAAAAUACAGUAAUGAAAGAUUAAGCAGAGUAUUCAUGUCUUUGAGGAAAAUCAGAAUAUCAUGUAGGGUGACCUCGAUUCCAGACCAAUAGGCAGUAGUGUAUUAAAGGAAGACUGGCCAAUCAUCUGCCGAUCCUUGUAAGGACUGUUUCUUUCUAUGCAUAUAAAUCAAGCAACCAAAUAUCUGUAGCCAUUGAAAUGUCUGACUAGAAAUAUUUAUAUUGGAUUCUCAAUACAAAAUAUCCCUGUGGUAAAAACCUUAUGCCUGGUACAGUUUCAUUCCCAAGUGUACUGUCUACCAGGAAAGAAAAAUCUAAUAAAAAAUGGAGUAUGAACAUUAA